UCACUAACGUCAGUGCAGUUGUAAGAAAUUUCGCGCGUGAGCUGGUCGUAAAGUGCACCUAAAUAAGAAAUAAUUGUUAAUUAAAUAAAAUUAUAUUCAUGUGUAGUGUGAGUCAAGUUUUUAAUUUUGAAUUAAAUUAAAAUAUAUAAAGUGGUGGGCCAACUUGAAAGACUUCAUAUGCCUUUUAUGAAAUGGGUUUGUUUACGCUUUAUAGUUGACUGAUGGUAGUUAAUUGUAGUUUUAGUUAGUGUAUGUAGUAGAAAUUUCUUAGUUCGUUGCCAAAACAUUAGCACUGAUGGAGGGAAUUCUCAAAUCCAAACUGUCGCUGUUGCUAGUGGCAGCAUGCUGGGUAGCGGCGGCAGGGCAGCCCAUCGAGUGCGACGGGUACCAGUACAACUGCACGGACGGCUACUACUGCGACAGUGUCGUGUUCAAGUGCCGCAAGUGCAUCAACUGCGCGGAAUUCAACCGGAGGCCCCCGCUCGACCCCACCAAGAAAUGUAUCACCUCGGUCGUUGAUUGCGGAGUCUGCUUUGAAGGGCUGACGGAAGACGUGCAAGGCCUGCAGUGUGUGUCGGCGCCCGUGUCGCCCGCCUACGUGUGGGUGGCUAUCGCGCUGGGCGGCGUGCUGCUGUUCGUGGCCGCCGUCGCCAUCGUGGUCUACGUGCUGCGAAACACCGACACCUUCCGCGUCUUCGCCUCUACCACGUCGCUGCAGCCGAGCUGCGUUAGCGGGCCGCCCGCGUCCGCGCCCGAGCCGCCGCCGCCCUACAACACGCUCUACACGCCCGUGCGCCCCGACUCGCCCCCCGCCCCGCACCCGCCGCAUCUCACUGAUGAAGAAGCGGCGAGCCCGUUCAUUAAGCGGCCACCGCCGCCGACGCCGGCGCGCGUAUCGGCCGGCAACCAGGAGGCCAACUUCUACAACAACCCCUGCUACGUACGCGGCCCGCACCUUCCCUCCAACCAUCAGACGGCGGAGCGCGAGCCCGAGCCGGAUUACCUGCACGACGAGACCACCGCCGAGAGCCCGUGGCGGCCCGGCGACGUCGUCAACAACAACACACACGUCGACAAUUCGGAGUCCGGCAGCAGCAGCGGGUCGUCGACGAGCGCGGGCGCGGGCGCAGGCGCGGCGCCGCUGGCCGCGCAGCUGGCGGCCGCGCGCGGCGCCACGCUUGUGCGCCCGCCCUGCCAGGACGCCACCCCCAGCAAGGUGCCCCGCCUGCGACAGGACACGAACAACAAUAGGAACAACCGCGACCGCGACGGCGAGGAGACGCUGCCGCGCGCGGGCGCGGGCAGCGGCGCCACCUUCAACAUCCUCGUCAACGUGCAGCAACUCAACGACGUCAAGCUCUGAGCGCGCACGACCACCCCGGCUCUGGUGCUACUCGUACGCUACAACGAUCCGCGCUUGCUCAAUACCGGUUUGCUCAAGCUGAGAUUUACGAAGCAUUUAACCGCUCAACGAGAUUACCUAGUUAUAUGUGUCCACACGCGCAAUGGCGUCAGUAUUUUUUACCUCAAUUAAGUUAUGUUUGAGAAAUACAUAACUAUAAAAUCCUGAAGCUGUGCGCUGUGUAGUUGAAUGCGAUAUUUUAAUACCAAAACUUGGAUCAUUUUACUAUUAGGCAAAAAGUAUCGGUAGGAUACGUUGUUUACUGAACGGUAUGCGAUACUAGUAGGUAAAUAGGCGAUCCAAAUACAUUUAUUAUAGAAUAUAGAUUAUACCACAAGUAAACCACGUGUGUAUCUGAUCUGUGUGUUUGUUCCUAGUGAUAAUGUUUACCUAGUUUUAAGAAAAGUCGUCAACACAACUCAAGCACAUUUAAUUUGUUUUAGUUGUGUAUUUGAUCUCGAUGCCAAGGUUAUAUAACUAAUAAAAGAGUAAAAAAAGUCACAGCUUUGGCCAUAUUUUAAAUUAAUUAUAGCAUAAUGAUAUGAUAUAAUAUACUUAUUUUAUUACAAUAUAGAAA